AUGACGACCAAUAAUCAUCCCAGUUCUUUGGCCUUUACAUUUGGCAUACUUGGUAACGUGAUAUCGUUCCUGGUGUACUUGGCUCCGCUGCCAACAUUUUACCGGAUAUUCAAGAAGAAAACAACAGAAGGAUUCCAAUCACUACCUUACUUGGUAGCAUUAUUCAGUUGUAUGCUAUGGUUGUACUACGCUUUUCUCAAAACAGAUGCUGUUCUUCUCAUCACUAUUAACUCUGUUGGAUGUGUCAUUGAGAUUAUUUACAUCACCAUCUUCAUAAUCUAUGCUACCAAUGAUGCCAGGAAAUUAACAGUAAAACUAUUUGCUGGAAUGAACAUGGGUUUAUUCGGGGUGAUCCUGUUUGUGACGCAUUUUGCACUAAAUGGUAUUCUCCGAGUUCAAGUUCUUGGAUGGAUUUGUGUCUCCAUUUCGGUCACUGUUUUUGCAGCACCUCUAAGCAUUGUGGCACAGGUUAUAAGAACAAAGAGUGUUCAAUUCAUGCCAUUCAAUUUGUCGUUUUUCCUCACAUUAAGUGCGGUUAUGUGGUUUGCAUAUGGUAUAUUUCUCAGGGAUAUCUGUAUUGCCCUACCAAACGUGUUGGGUUUUGCACUUGGGGUACUUCAGAUGCUGCUAUAUGCCAUAUACAGAAAUGGUGGUGGUGAUGUUGUUGUGAAGACACAAGAGAAGGAUAAGGAGAAAGAUCAGAAAGGAUUGGAUCUGGGAAUUAAGAACAUACUUGUGGUGAAUCCAUUGGGGGGUUGUGAAGUGUUCCCAAUACCAAUAGUGGAUGCUGCAAAGUGUGUUAAUGUUGUUGUUAAUGAUGAUGUCAAUGAUCAACAACUACAACAAGAUCAGAAGAAUCACCACAAAUCCCCAGUGUGA